AGUUGGAGUAAGGAUAUCUAGAAAAAGAGUCUUGGAUUGAAUAAUUAAUUAUGGGAACACCUUCAGGCCAAGGCAGUAGCUAUGAUCACUCCUUCAAGAUCGUGAUGAUAGGUGAUUCUGGAGUUGGCAAAAGCACUCUUCUUCUCAGUUUCAUUACUGGUGCUGUUACGGAUAUUCCCAACACCAUCGGUGUGGAUAUGAAGAUGAAGCAUAUAAAAGUUGGUGGGAAGCAAUUGAAGCUUACAAUUUGGGACACUGCUGGACAAGAGAGAUACAGAACAUUAACAAGCUCUUAUUAUAGAGAUGCCCACGGGAUCAUUCUUGUUUAUGAUGUUACACAGAAACAAACAUUUACCAACUUAGCAAACAUAUGGACUAAAGAAGUGGAACUCUACUCCACAAACAAGGACUGUGUGAAGAUACUAGUUGGAAAUAAAGUUGAUAAAGAGUCGGAAAGGGCUGUGAGUAGUGAAGAAGGAAUGGCACUAGCAAAACAACAUGGGUUUUUGUUUCUUGAAGCGAGUGCUAAAACUAGAGCAAAUGUGGAGAAAUGCUUUGAAGCUUUGGCACUCAAGAUGCUGGAGGAAUUAGAGAGGAAACAACAGGAGGAAAUGAAGAGGAAACAACAGGAGGAAAUGAAGAAGAAACCACCAGAGCAACCAAAACCUGAACCACCAAAAGUGGAGAUAAAACCAUCAGAUCCACCUCGACCUUCACACCCAGCACCGCCAAGCGGCGGUGGAGGCGGAUGCGGAUGCGGUUAAUAAUUGGCUGCAAAGUUACAAGUAUUUGUAUAAACAGAACAAAUAAAUAAAACUAUAUAAUAUUUAUAUAAUAACAUAAUGCAAUGACGUAAUUUUAAUGAUAAAUAGUGUCAUUUUCCUUUUCACU